UAUGACUAAACCGGGAAGAGUGAGGUUCUAUCCAAAAAACUCUAUCUUUAGAAAAUCAGAAUUUAUUGAUCGGGGCCUCGUGGUGUUCAUUGAAGACUGUCCUGCUGCUUACAAGCGAGAUAUAGUGUGCGCACGACACUACGAUGGCUUCUAUAAAACUUUCAACAACUACUGUGAACUGGAGUACGAAAACUGCAAUGGAUGGAGGAAAUGGAGCAUGGUGAAACGCGAAAGGUGUUGAUUGCUAUUCGUAAUAGACAGGAGCCG